UAUAUUUCUCCAAGUGAACAGGAACACUAUAGUAGCGAAAAAACGUAUUUAUUAUUUUGACAUCUCAUUAUAUCUGGAAAAACAACAGAAUUCAAACUUCAAAUAGUUAUAAAGUAUUAAUGAAAUGUUACUUCACAGAAAGUUACAAUAGAUUGUACGAAUGAACUUUCCAUAACAUCUCUUUUUAUUUUGAUUAACCUUUUAUUGUUUACUUUUAUAUAAAAAAAUAAUAUUAUGUAAUAUGUUUUUAUAAUUGGGUUUUACAAUAAAAGUAGUGAAUUUCAUUAAUUAAUCAUGGCAAGUGAAAGUAGUAUAGAAAUGGAUCAAGCUUUAGCACAAAGACUUUUAGUUGAAGGUGCUGUUUUAGUUGUAUUAAAUGUACCAAUCGAUACAGAAUUUGGAAUUGAUUUAAAAUCAUGGAAUACAGCAGAUCAUUUUAAAGGUAUAAAAAUGGUCCCACCAGGAUUUCACUAUGUACAUUACAGUGCUGUGAAUGAAUUUGGAGAAGCAACACCUAAAAUUGGUUUUCUUCAUAUAUUUAAGAAAUCUGAAUUUUUAGUCAAACAGUGGGAUGCAAAACAAGAGGAACUUAGUUCAGAAGAUGUACCAGAAGAAACAGUUGAAAGGUUGAAGGAUAAUUUAAAAGACUUGGACAGAUUUCUGGGAUGUUAUCCUUAUGAUGUAUGGAAACAAUGGAAGGAGUUAACAAAUCAUAUUACUUCUGCUGUUGUGGAACGUUGUUCACCCAUAUGUGGCUUUGUGAGAUCUGCUUUGGAGUUAGAACACUGUAGUGAUGCCUUAAGGCCAAGAGGUGGAACAUCAAGUCCAAAAAGAAGAAGAACAGGUGGACUUACUAUAGAAGAAAAGGAAAAGGAGCUACUUCCUGAUAUGAAACCUAGGCCAGGUACAGAGCUUAGAUUAUCAGAAAUACCUGAUAAACAUUAUCCUGAUGGAGCAUCACCAACUGAAAUCACAAAGUACUGUCUUGAUGCUAGUUAUGCAUUGGACAGUGUUCUUAAUAAAUUAGCACUUCCGAUGGAAAUUAUUGGCGAAAUGCAAUUGGCAUUUGUUUGCUUUUUGGUUGGCCAAAGCCUCGACGCUUUCGAACAUUGGAAGAAACUCGUAUCUCUUAUUUGCGGAGCUGAUUGUGCAAUAUCACAGCGCCGCUCUAUUUAUUUCGAAUUUAUGAAAUCGCUGGAAAUUCAGUUAACCCAUGUACCUGAAGAUAUAUUGUGUGACAUUGUAGUUAACAAUAAUUUUAUUUAUCAAAGCCUUCGAAAACUUUUUGCAAAUAUUGAGAUCAAUUCUGAGUUGGACGGACGAUUAAAGUCUUACGCAUCUCGAUUUCGUGAACGAUUACAGACAAAGUUCUUGUGGGAUUUUUCUAACUUGCAAGAUGAAGCUGAAGAUGACGCACCGGUUAUUGUAUCUUUAGAAUAAAAAACUAUACUUUUAAUCUAAUUUAUAUAACACGAUGUACUGGUCUCUUGUAAAUAAAUGUAAUUUUAAUAUUAGUUAA